AUGUCCAUGGAAGGAGUUUUUCUAGAGAAACCAACAUCAAACACAACUACAACUCUCCCUGAUCUAUCUCUCAACAUAAGUCUCCCAGAUACUCAUCACAACGAGUCUUCCAAAGAACUUUCAAGAAGAUCAUCCCAAACCGACAACAACAGAUCAUCAAACUUUGAACUCUCCUUAUCUCAUCAUAACAACCCUAGUUCGAAUCCAAGCACAAGAAUCAUCCAUUGUCCUGAUAGAAGGAACCUCUAUAACAACCACAUCCUUAAUGGUGGAAGUCUUCAUCAAAGGGUUGAUGAAUCCGAGAUUAAUAAUAUCCACCGUCCGAUUAGAGGCAUCCCGGUCUAUCACAACCGUUCAUUCCCUUUUCACCAACAAGCCUCUCCUUCUUCUUUGCCUUCUCUUGGAGGAGACUUCUCAAUCUUAAACUCAUCUUCCGGCUAUAACAACGCCUACCGAUUGUUCCAAUCUUCCCCUAGGCUAAAAGGUGUUCCUAUGCAUCAUCAUAAUCACUAUGGAGUCGUUGGAUCUUCAGAUUCUUCUUAUCCUCAUCAUCAUAAUCAUCACCAUCAUGGGAUGGUCAGAUCAAGAUUCUUGCCUAAGAUGCCGACAAAGCGGAGCAUGAGAGCUCCGAGGAUGCGUUGGACGAGUAGCCUCCACGCACGGUUUGUUCACGCCGUUGAGCUUCUAGGCGGACAUGAAAGAGCAACUCCAAAGUCAGUUCUUGAGCUCAUGGAUGUAAAAGACUUAACUUUAGCUCAUGUGAAGAGCCAUUUGCAGAUGUAUCGAACUGUUAAGACCACUAACAAGCCUGCUGCUUCAUCAGAUGGGUCAGGAGAAGAAGAAAUGGGCAUAAAUGGGAAUGAAAGGGCACAAUCUGACGAUACUUCUCCUCAUCAAGAAAUUGACUUCCCUUCCACUACACAACCUCGUUGGAGUAACUCUUCAGGAGAGACAUGGCCAUUAAGUAACAACUGCGCAAGCGACAUAGAUACGGUGAUCAGAACUUCAUCAACAUCAGUGAUCUCUCACCACCAAAGAACCUCCCUUCAAAAUCAGGACCAAAGGUCAAACGAUCAAGGAAAGAGGUGUGGAGAUCUUAGUUGUAACAAUCCAAGUUUGGAGUUCACAUUAGGAAGACCCGAUUGGCACGAGAAAUGACUUUCUUGACCUAUAUAUAUAUAUAUACUCAGAACAUGUAUGCAGACUGGAGUUAUACCGUUGUGACGAUGAAUUUGUCAGCGGAAAAGUUGAAGAACGCAUAGAGAGAGAGAGAGAGAGAGAGAGCCAAGACGCUCGAGAGUGUUGAUUUUUGGAGAAAUACAUACUUUUGUAGGCUUUUCUUCUCAAGUUCCAUUGAUGAUUUGAUUAUAAAGUGCAUGAUCAAUGUAUGAGUUUGUUUUUUUUAUUUUUUUUUGGUUUUCCGGGGUUUAAUGAUUUCCCGAGGUUGAUGUGGUGUGAUCAUAAGUUAUAUAGUUGGCGUGAU